AUGGCCCGCACGCUUCUCCUCGCAGGUCCCUCUAUCGCGGCGCAUCCUGAAGUGCUCGAUAAGGUCUACGAAAUCCACGACCGCUCCUCUACCGAUUUGCAGAUGCUAGAUCGCCUCGCAGCAGGAUUAGUACAGCUGCCAUCCUCCACGUACGAUGUCGUACUACUGCUCACCGACGCCGACGGCACAACGCGCGAGAGUCACAAGCUGCUGGACCGAGAUGUCAUGAACAAGGUUGUCGGCGCACUCAAAGCUGGAGGUGUACUCAAGAGUCAAGAUGGUGUAUUUGGCGCGGCUGGUGGCGCUGAGAAGACUGAGGCUAUCCUUGCUGGUCUGGUCGACGGUGUAGACGGUAUGAUGAAGCCGGGGCAGGUGGAGAGUGUAUCUAUACCUCUCAAGUUGAGGAAGAAGACAAGCGGCGCAAACGGAGUGAAUGGCACAGUACCCCUCAACCUCAACGGCAAGCGCGAGCAAGCGCCAUCUGUACAGCCUGUACAGCCCGCACAGCCCUUCGGCGUGGGCUUUGUCGAUUUCAGCGAUGACCUCGAUGCUGAGAUCAUAACUGGGGAGGAUGACGAUUUGAUCGACGAGGACGACUUGAUCACAGAGGAAGACAUGGCUCGCCCGAUCAUCCAACCGCCCGAGUGCCGACCCAAAGCCGGAAAGCGGCGUCGCGCCUGCAAAGACUGCACUUGCGGCAUGAAGGAGAAGAUCGAAGCCGAGGACGCCGCGAAGCGUGCCAACGCCGACAAAGCCCUCAACACGAUGAAGCUAGGAGCCGACGAUCUUACAGAGGUAGACUUCACCGUACAAGGCAAGGUCGGUAGUUGUGGAAACUGCGCACUAGGUGAUGCCUUCAGGUGCGACGGAUGCCCGUACAUUGGCUUGCCAGCUUUCAAGCCAGGCGAAGAGGUACGGUUGCUCAACAAUGAUAUCCAGUUGUAA